AUGCCUUUUGGGAUGUCUAAUGCUCCUAGUACCUUUAUGAGGGUCAUGACUCAUGUCUUGCACCCUUUCAUUGGAAAAUUUCUCGUGGUCUUCUUUUAUGAUAUCUUGAUACAUAGCCAAUCACGAGAGGCACAUCUAGAUCACCUUCGACAAGUUUUCCUUACCCUUCAUUAUGCCAAAUUGUAUGCUAACCUUAAGAAGUGUUCCUUCAUGCAGUCACAAGUUCUCUUUCUAGGGUUCAUUAUCUCAGCUCAAGGGAUUUCUGCUUACCCAACUAAAAUUUCUGUAAUUCGUGAUUGGCCUGAAUCUUCAACAUUAUUUGAGGCCCUUAGCUUUCAUGGGUUAGCUUCUUUCUAUAGGAGAUUCAUCCAAGGCUUUAGCUCCAUUACCGCUUCCAUCAUUGAAUGCAUGAAAAAAGGGGCUUUUCAUUGGACGCCCUCGGCACAAAAAGCCUUUGUUGCCAUCAAACAAAAAUUGAUAGAGGCUCGUGUUUUACGCCACCCUGACCUCUCUAAUGUCUUUGAGGUUGCUUGCAAUGCUUCUGGUGUCAGCGUAGGCGGUGUCUUAAGUCAGGAAGGCCAUCCCAUCGCUUAUUUCAGCGAGAAAUUAAAUCAGGCACGACAGAAGUAUUCUACUUAUGACAGGGAAUUCUAUGCUAUUGUCCAAUCUCUUCAAUUUCUUCAAGAGUACACAUUCGUCCUUCACCACCGUUUUGUGGUCGAGAACAAAGCGGCUAAUGCUCUUAGCUGUAAUACCACUGAACUUUUAGAUAACUCCACUCGUGAAAAUGUUGAUUUUUUGCUCAGGGAUGGUUAUCUUUUUAGAGGAACCAAAUUAUGUAUUCCUCGUAGUUUACUUCGUAAGUUUCUUGUUUGGGAACUCCAUGCAGGAGGCCUGGAUGGUCAUUUCGGUAGAGAAAAAACUAUUGCCUUGGUCGAAGACAGAUUUUAUUUGCCUUUCCUGAAAAGGGAUGUUGCUCACAUUGUGUUUCAAUGUCGUACCUGUCAAUUAGGCAAAGCACAAUGUCAAAACACUAGAAUUUAUACUCCUCUCCCUGUUCCUCAUACUCCUUGGUGUGACCUUAGCAUGGAUUUUGUCCUAGGGUUACUAAAAAUUGCUCGAGGUCAUGAUUCCAUUUUCGUGGUAGUAGAUAGGUUCUCUAAGAUGCUACUUUUGGAAAACAUUGUGGAAACUGUUCGGGACAACCUUAAGUUCCGAUCAGCUUUUCAUCCUCAGACAGAUGGUCAGACUGAAGUUGUUAAUCAUAGUCUGGGUCAUAGCCCGUUUGAGAUUGUUCAGGGUUUCACCCCACGUCAACCCCUCGAUCCAGUGCCAUUGCCUCCUGAUUGUCGUUCUGCUGCCCUGCACAAGAUUUUGCUGAUCAUAUUCGGCACAUUUGAGCCUCCGACUUUGUCUUCUAACAUAUCUACAGGACAAACUCCUCGACCACCCCCUCGAGCCCCCAUCACCACAUUUUCACCUCGGGACAUUGUUGAAGAGGUGCUUGAUGAUCAGAUUAUUGCUUCCCAUAAUGGGGGUUUCCAGAGGUUUUUAGUAUGUUGGAAAGGCCUUCCGCUUAGUGAUGCUACUUAG